CCCGGCCGCAUUUUGAGCAGCGCACCCGGAAGGCCAGGCCUGCGGGGCAAGAUGGAGUUCCCGCAGGUCCUGAGGCAAGGACUGCGGCAGGUCAGCAGCCACAACGGCCUCCGAGGCUGGCUGCGAAUGCUCUUCAGGGCAAAUGAUGUGAGGGUUGGUACAUUAGUAGGGGAAGACAAAUAUGGAAACAAGUACUAUGAAGACAACAAGCAGUUUUUUGGCCGUCACCGAUGGGUUAUAUAUACUACUGAAAUGGAUGGCAGAAAUACAUUCCGGGAUGUGGAUGGAAGCAUGGUGCCCCCUGAAUGGCACCUUUGGCUUCACUGUAUGACUGAUGAUCCUCCAACAACAAAACCACCUACUGCUCAUAAAUUCAUUUGGACAAACCAUAAAUUCAACCUGAGUGGCACUUCAGAGCAAUAUGUACCUUAUUCCACCACUAGAAAGAAGAUUCAGGAGUGGGCCCCACCUUCAACACCUUACAAGUAAAGACAGUGAACAAUUUAAGCAUGUAAAAUAUAAGGCUUUUCAUGUAAUUGCACUUUUGCUGUUUACUGUUAAUUAAAAUUAUUUGAUUAAACAAUGAAAA